AACCGGGGAGCGACCACUUUCAUUCCCUCGUACAAAACGCAACUCCUUUCCCCUGCAGAUGAGGUUUCGUCUUUUCCUUCAGUCGUCGUCUGCUUUUUUCCUUCUUUCUGGCGUUUUUUCCAUUUGACACUCCCUUUUUUUUGUUUCGAAUCUCUGUUUUCCUCCGUCUCCGGUUUAACGAUGGAGGCGCCAUUGUUGAGAUCGUGUUCAUCUUGUUCGUCCCCUGCGUCAAUUGGGUUCGUCGAGGAUCGCGAGUUCUCGAGACCCAUUUGUCCUGUCGUUCUUCGGACACGGAAAGGCCUAAGCUUUUCGUCCGCCGUGCGUUGCUCUCUCCCGUCGAAGCGUCGCGGCGGUUUCCGGUCUGCUCAGGCCGUCAUGACUCUCGCCGGAUCAUUGGCGGGGAAGAGUCGUGUGGAUGAAAGCGAGAGCUUGACCCUCGAGGGUAUACGCAACUCUUUAAUCCGACAAGAGGACAGCAUUAUAUUUAGUCUCUUGGAGCGAGCUAAGUACUGUUAUAAUGCUGAUACUUACGACCCUUCUGCUUUCGAAACGGAUGGUUUCCACGGCUCUUUGGUUGAGUACAUGGUGAAAGGAACUGAAAAGCUUCACGCUAAGGUUGGCAGGUACAAGAGCCCUGAUGAGCAUCCGUUCUUCCCAGAUGAACUUCCAGAGCCUAUAUUGCCACCUCUACAGUACCCAAAGGUGUUACACUCUGCUACUGAUUCAAUCAACUUAAACAAGAAGGUGUGGAACAUGUACUUCCGAGACCUCGUCCCGCGACUGGUGGAGAAAGGGGAUGACGGUAAUUACGGAUCAACAGCUGUUUGUGACACAAUUUGCGUUCAGGUUCUCUCGAAGAGAAUCCAUUACGGGAAAUUCGUAGCGGAGGCGAAAUUCCUCACCUCACCCGAUGCAUAUGAGUUCGCCAUAAAAGCACAAGACAGGGAUAGACUAAUGGACAUGCUGACAUUCCCGACAGUGGAAGAGGCCAUCAAGAAGAGAGUAGAGAUGAAAGCUCGAACAUACGGGCAAGAAGUGAAGCUGGAUGAGGCAGAGGAAGAAGAGGAAGAGAGAGAGUCUCCGGUGUACAAAAUCAGCCCGAGCUUGGUGGCUGACUUGUACGGAGAUUGGAUCAUGCCCUUGACAAAGGAGGUCCAGGUCGAGUACUUGCUCAGAAGACUCGACUGACUGAAAAAGUACAUACAGACUCAAAGUGUGUCUCUGGUAAUAAAGAUUGAAGCUUUGAAUGUAAAUUAGUUACACACACCUAUGCUGUGAUGUCUGUUUUUUUUAUUGUACAAAAGCUUGCAAGUAGUGUUUUCUGGUUUGUUUCCA